AUGAAGCUUUCAUUCACUUUCACUGCAUUGGCAGCGGUGGCCUCAGCCUUCCCAGCCAUUGAUACUUCCAACGAGGCUGCAUUUUUGAAAGCAGCCAAGCUUGCUGCGCGAACCGUCAAGAUUCUGGAAGCCGAAGAUGCCCAAGCCGCUAAAGCCGCUCAAAAUGUGCGCCGCUCGUCGCUUCCACUUCCUCAGGAUGCACUUGGUAUCAGCCGAGCAGAAACCAACUGUGGGCCGACUAUACCAUGUCCCGCAUUUGAUGCCGAGGACCAAUAUGUGUCGAUUGAGGGCGAGCAUGCCUAUGCAGCUCCUGCGGAAGACGAAAUCCGCGGACCUUGCCCUGGUCUCAAUGCUGCUGCCAACCACGGUUAUUUGCCUCGCUCUGGAGUUGCUUCCAUUGAGGAGACUGUGCGUGGCAUGAACAAAUUGUACAACAUGGGAAUUGACCUUGCCGCCGCUCUCGCGGCGUACGCAAUCGUGAUUGACGGCGACCUGCUUGGUGGAACUUGGUCCAUCGGUGGUCCCCAGCAGUCCGACCCCCUUGUGCCUAUUCUGGGCAAUGGCCAAGGCCUCUCUUACUCUCACAACAGCUAUGAGGGAGAUAGCUCGAUUGGACGCCUUGAUGCAUUUACCAACAAUGGCGAUGCUCAUUCGCUUUCCAUUGAGAAGUUCGAGGCUGUCUAUGCCGUUGGCGGAAACGACACCUCUGAGAAUGGCUUCGAUCAGCGCUACACUAUCGACAAAUUCCGCGGUCGAUUCGAGGAGGUUCAACAGCACUCCAUUGACACAAACCCGUACUACUUCACUGGCGCAUUCUCCACGGUAGUGGUUGUACCUGCAGCGUACAACUUCGUCAUCAACUUCAUGUCCAAUCACUCCGAGGAGCAUCCCUCUGGAUAUUUGGAUGGUUACAACUUCAAACAAUUCUUCGGUGUGACCGGCUCCCCGGGCUCAUUCAAGUGGCAAAGGGGACAGGAACGUAUUCCUGAGAACUGGUACAAACGCCCCACGAUCUCUCCAUACAAUCUGGCCGAUGUGUUCGUGGAUGUCGGCAUCGGAUACCUGGCGUACCCAAACACCCUGAAGAUCGGUGGAAACACCGGAAAGGUCAACUCGUUCACUGGUGUCAAUGUCGAGGAUCUCACUGGUGGUGUGCUGAAUGCCAAGAACCUGUUUGAAGGUGACAACUUCGCGUGCUUCGCAUUCGUUCUUCUUCAACAGGGUAUCCCCCAUUUCCUCAAGGGGCCACUGGAAGAUAUCAACAACGCAACUUCAUUCCUGGCACCAUUCCUUGCUCCGCUUCUUGGCAAGCUCACCUGCCCUGAGCUUGGGAAGUUCGACCAGAGUCUGUUCAAUUCUUUCCCUGGUCACAAAUACAGCCCAACAGGACCAGCCACGAACUACUAA